CCAUUGGACCGUACACUUUUCGUGCAGGUUUUUACACCACUACUUGUAAUAUUCCUUGGCCGCACGCACUCUCAUUAACAGCAAUAUGCAAUCUUUAAAACAUUGUCAGUAGGUGAAAACAGUAUAAACAUGGAAGGUUUCCUUUUGGUUUUGUUAUUGUUGUGUUUUUUUUGUUUUUAAGCUGACCUCUGGGGAUCUCUUAAACAAUGAUGUGAAAACAACAGUAAUGCACUUUAGUUAUAUCCUGCAUAUUUAAAUUGACCUAGUUAGCCAGUUAGUAAUAAGGCAGCGCAAGUGCAAAAACUCUAACUAUAGCUAAACUUUCGCAGAGGCUUCUUGGCUAAUUUUUUAAGAGUAUUGAUUCGCAAAGGUUUAUGGAUGCUAAAUAUUUUUUUCAUUUUGUGAAUUUGUGAAAAGUAACUUGCCAGCUAUAGCAGGCCACCAUUAAAAAUAUGUCAUAUUUGCGCAUUCGCAAAAAAAUUUCCCCAGUAUUUUCCAACCAGCAAAAGUAAAUUCAUUUAGCACCAAUUAAUUUUUUUCCCAGCGCUUUUUAUGCCUAAGAUGUAAUAAUCAUGCAUCUCUUCUUCCCACAAAAAUAGCCCACAAGACAGGGAGCAACCAAAAAACUGACUGAUAGCAGAAAGAUUGGACAAAAAGAAUCAAUCUGAUGACUGUGAUUCUUCAAAUGUAGAGUUUGUGCUUUGAUAAUUAAAAGCAUGCAAAUUUUAUAAAAAAAUCAAUUUACGAAAGUCUAAUGUUUAUAUUCCCAUCAAGGUGUGGUGUGUAAGUGAAGUCACAUAUAUAUGAGUUUCUCAUCAGUGCAACUGUCUGAAACCAUGUAGCUAGCAAAUUUUUAUUAUUUAUAUAGGAGUAAAUCUACACAUUAGCUUCCCAAGUGCUGUGAGGGUAACAGUGUUCCGUACGAUGUCAUUCAUUGUACGAAGUUGGGCUUUUUUGCCGUAGCGCUGAGAGUGACCAUCCUCGUACAAAACUGACCAUCUUCGUACAGCGGCGAAUAUCGUCAAAAAAUGAAACCGAAGCUAUCCAAAAAUUGAGAACACCAUAUGACCAUGCCGAGCCUGAAACAAAAUUUCUUAAAAGUAGAAAUGUUUAAAAAAAAAAUAAUUGUGACUUUAGUUUUCGGUCACACAAAGGUAUUGUUGAAUUUCCGCGCCUGAAGGCGUAGGAAAUUCUUUAAAACCUGCGUUUUUUUUCUUUUGAAGCAUUUUUUGAGAAAAAAAUCGACCCUGGGAUUUCACGUUCUUCUGAGAGGGGGAUAGCAUUGGUUUCCCACUGCUAACUGACUAACUAACUAACCCUGUCCCAAUGGUCAAUUGCAGAUUUAACCUUCGUACCAAAACUCCCUAAGUACUGGGAAGUCAUCUAAAUGACGUUUCAGGCCAAAAUUGGUAUUUUUGUUCAGCAAAAUUUGGCACAGUUAACAAAAAAAGUAUGCUGAAUAUAAUGGUGACAUUAUAAUUUUGAUUUUUGUCACCUAAAUGGCUAUGCUUGGUCCAAAAAUUAAAACUACUUUACUUACGACAAAAAUUGGCACAGUUAAUAAAAAAAGUACACCGAACAUGAUGGUGACAUCAAAAUUUCAAUUUUUUGUCAACUAAAUGCCGUUUAAGACCAAAAAUGUCUCAAUCGCAAGACUUUCAACCAUGAAUGAUAGGCUGUAAUUUUUGUUAGCAAUUUCUUUUAAAAUGUGAGUUUAUUAUGACACGUUUCGUUUUGUUUGCGUUUGUUGGAAGAUAUAAUGUCACUUGUGUGCUUUAUCUUCAGAGCUUCAUGCACCAAACCUCUUCGAAUGUUUGGCACGAUAACACAAUGAAUUAGCCGGUUGUCAUCAAAUAUUUUGGUAGUGAUCGGAAAUUCCUAGAGCUCCCAGGACUUCUUGUUAGAACUUUAAAUGGUAUGGUUAAAAAAAUUCAAGUUAAGUAGAAGAAGUGAAGUAGGCCCAACCUCGUACACAGUUAUUUAAGUUGUACGAAGUUAAUAUGGAUCAAAAAAUUCAAGUUUAAGUAGAAGAAGUGAAGUUGGCCCAACCUCGUACACAGUUUUUUAAGUUGUACGAAGUUGGUAUGGAUAAAAAAAUUCAAGUUUAAGUAGAAGAAGUGAAGUAGGCCUAACCUCGUACACAGUUAUUUAAGUUGUACGAAGUUGGUAUGGUUAAAAAAAAAAUUCAACUUAAGUAGAAGUGACGUUGGCCCAAUCUCGUACACAGUUAUUUAAGUUGUAUGAAGUUGAAAUGGAUAAAAAAAAUUCAAGUUAAGUAGAAGAAGUGAAGUAGGCCCAACCUCGUACACAGUUAUUUAAGUUGUACGAUGUUGGUACAAUCAUCAGAUAAUUGUCAAAAAUUAACGUUCAGAGAAUAUUUAAGAUAUUAUCAUGUUUACUGAAUGUAAUUAACAAUGUUUAGAUAUUCAUUUCUAAACCAAAUUAUUCGUUGCCUAAUUUUUGUACAGCAAUUGUAAUGCCCAUUUUCGUACAAAAAUGGCCAUCUUCGUACAAGCGCGAAAAGUGACCAACCUCGUACAACGGGUCAAUUUCGUACGGAACAACAGAUUGAGUAGGAAUAAAACUCACAAUCUUUUGCUUGCUGGCAAUUGCUCUACUUUUUUUAAUGGCAAGCAAUAUGCCAUGUAAAUUGAUUUUGUUUGAUAAAAACAAAACAAAAAAAAAACAUAAUGGCAGAUUGUAUCAAAUAAUAGGUUUCCCUGGAUAUGCUACUUCAUCCACAGAGUGUUUAAAGAUGACAUUAAUAUGACAAGAGAAGACAAUUAUUCUGAGUUGCACAUAUUAUUUGUGUCAUAUGCGCAAAAACACAAAAAAUAAGCGUGGUUGUUAUUUUGCAAUUUUUCGUGAAAUAUUUUAAUGAUUUUCGUUAAAUAAUGAAAAAUUUCUACUGAUACUCUAGGGCCAAAAAACUGAUGUGACUUCUUGUAAAAGUGUCUUUCUGCAAUACAUAGUGCAAUAUAGCUAGCUAUAGCUAAUACAAGAAUUACAUAUUUAUUAUUUAUAUAUAUUUCCUAUGUAGACUGAGGGAAUCUUUGAAAAAUAUUUUCUGUUUUCACAUGGUUUUUGAAAUUGAAAUAUCAGGCCUGAAAAUUCGUGAUUUUAAACUGACAAAAAGAUCAAAACGUUUUUUAGUUUUUGCAAAUUAGACAAUGGUAACUAUUAUCUCUAAACACAUUUCAUAAUUGCCUCCUUAAUGAGGUGGCAAGAACUACUCUAUAAUGCAACGUGGCUUCAUCUGCAUUAUAAAUAAUCCAAGUCACUGCAACGAUUGCUAUAUUUAUAUAUAAGCCACAUUGGAAUUGAAAUCAUACUUAUAGCCAUGGGGAAUAUCUCAAAUCAUUAAUAACACUAAGAUGAAUCCCUGGAACCAACAUUGACGGAAAUUUUAAAUAGAGAAGAAACAAAUUUAAGCAAGCCAUUUUGUAAUGGUAAACAUUCAAACAAAAACAUUACGCAUGAAUUUAAUUUUCAUUAUGAUGUAUAAAAUUUUAUUACGCACAUUGGCAGUUGAUCUUUUUUAUGCCAUGUUUUCUUUUGCUUACAAUAACAGUUUAACUGAAAAAUUUUACAUCUGAAUUAAACAAGCCCAUUCAAAAACUAAAAUAUUUCAAAAUGUAAUUCUAUUUUUGGAUACAUAUUUCGGUUUUGAUGUUGCUGACAACCUUGAGCCCAGUGCGUUUUUCACAUAGAGGACAAAAUGUAAAAUAUAUCUGUUUGUGAUCUUAGUAAUUGAAUAAAUGCAGAAAAAUAUAUUCUUAAAAAAUGUGAUUACAUCAUUAUGUCUAAAUCAUGAAAAAUAAUAAAACACCAGAUUACAAAUGACAACAUCACAUUGUGCAUAGAUCAAUGGAAUAAUGGAAGACCUUUAUACAUACAGAAACCUGACACAAUCAUUGAAAAUUCUUGCCUUAUAAAUAGGGCAAGGGUAGGAAUAAGAUUGUGACUAAAAUUACUAUAAUUUAAAGAAUAAACAGAAACGAAACUAUUAUUGUUUUCCCUAAAUUUCCAUGCCUGAAUAAUGAAAUUUGGUUUCUUAACUCAUAAGUGGUUUCUUUCAUAAAUAUAUCAUAUAGAAAUUAUUUCUGAGAAACAUAUAUUUAUUAUUUUAGUCAACUUGUGGUGUCAUAUUAGCUAAACAUGUAAAUAUUCUGUUACAAUUAUAAUAUAAUGCACUGUGCAAGAUAAAUAAGUUUUGAUAAAACUUUUAUGGGGCAAGAACAGUUUAUCAGACCCAAAUAUUGUAAUUAUGUAGCAUAUAAGUAGCAAGUGAGUUGGCUUAGUUAAACAUUGUGCAGAACAUAUGGAGUUCCCAACAAUAAAAUUACUACAGAAACAAAAACGAAUUACUUCAGCAGACAAUCUUUUUUAGUGGCUGGUAUAUAUAGGUUGUGAUGCAACUAUGGGGGGCAAAUUUUGUAGCUGUUGUGUAUUAGGGAGGUGCAACUACUACUAAAAUCAAAGGUGUGCAAUUUGAAGUGGUCGUUAUAAGCAGGUAGUCGUUUAGAGAGGUGGCUGUUAGCACAGGUUUAACUGUAAAUAUUGUUUGUAGGAAAACAUUUAGUUUUUGCUAUAACAUGAAAUAAAAUGAUUAGAAUGAGUUAUACGUAGAGAGAAGAGAAAAAAAGAUAAUGUACACAAAAUAUCACCAUUGAUUAUUAAAAGUAGAAUUUAAUUUCCUGUCUAAUACAGUGAUAAUGUAUUCUGAUUUAAAAGGAUGACUAAAAUGCCAAAGUAUUCAACAUUGAAAUCAUCAGAUUCAAGUUCAGUGUACUUUGACGAGUUUGAGAGAAAAGAUGCUCUUGGCCAACCUCAAUUUGGUGUUUGCGAUUGGAUAAUAUGGAUGUUUAUUUUUCUGAUCUGGGUCAUCAGUUUGCCUGUGACAUGGUGCUGCAGUUUCAAGAUUAUAACACAAUUUGAAAGGGUGAUUAUAUUUCGACUUGGCAGAGUACUACCACUAAAAGGUCCAGGGUUAAUAUACGUUAUUCCAUGUAUUGAUAGAUGGAAAAAAGUUGAUAUGAGAAUGCGAGCUUUUAAAGUUGCUCCUCAAGAAAUCAUCACAUCUGAUCGUGGAGUGAUCAAAGUAGGUGGUGACGUCCAAUAUCGCAUCGCUGAUCCUAUCAUUGCUAACACGAUGAUAAAAGAUCUGGAUCACUCACUACGUGUCAGUGGACAUUCAGCGUUAAACGCACAACUCUGUUACGAGAAAUUAUCCACUAUACAGAACGAAAAGGCUUACUUGCAAACCAAAUUACAGAACCAAAUGCACAAAGCAGUUUCUGAUUGGGGUAUCGAGAUUGCUAGAUUUGAACUAACGCAUUCUGUACUAAUCAAAGGGCCUGGUGGUGUUGAUCCUAAUGAAGAAAAUAAUCAAGAUGGUGGCGGAGCUGCAAUAAUGAAUUUAUUAAAAAGUUUUACAUCCCCUUCUUCUUCCUCCUCUUCUUUCAUGAUGCCCGGCAUGAUACCUGGAAUGACACCAGGUGUCGUACCAACAAAUCUUAUGAGUCAAAUAUCUGCACCAAGUGGGCAAUCAACACAAAAUCAAAUUCCCCUUUUAAAGCCUGAGGAGUUAUUCUGCAUGUUAAAGGGGAUCAUAGAUGCUGAGCUGUGUUUGCAAGUGCAAGCGAUAUACGAGUUCCAUAUUGCUGAUGAGACAAAACAAAAGCAAUGGACUAUUGAUUUAAAAAAUGCACCUGGAUGCGUCAUUACAGGACCAUCUGCAUUGCGAACUGAUGUUAAAUUCACUUUGAGCGAUAAGCAUUUCCAAAAGAUAUUUUAUGGCGUACUAUCGCCAACUGAUGCAUAUAUGAAUGGUUCGUUAACUAUUGAUGGUAGUUUGCAGACCGCAAUGAAGUUGGAAAAAUUGGUCAGUAAAUUAAAAGGAACCUAAGCACGACGAAUUGAUGAGCUGAAAAAUCAGGAAAUUAAAAUUAGUACUACAUGUGGUAUUUGGCGGAACAAAGAAGAUUAUUCUGGUGUUUAAUCUCGCCUUUGCGGCCUAGUAGAUUGAUAGCCAUAGAUCACAUCGUGUUUAUCUGCUGAUCUAAUGAAGUAUUUGCACUUCUCUUGUCGUUAGCUCAAAUCGAGUUUGUCAGCUCGCCUGUGAAUUAAACUAACUAAAGUAUUGGUCUAAAUUCGUUAUCUUCCACUAAUGUUUUUCGUUGCUUUGUAAAUAUAUUUAUUUUUAUAUUGCUUUAUACUUUUUAUAUUUUGUUUUUAAUUUUUUUGGAAUUACAGUACCUGAUGAGAGGAAAGUUUAGCCGUGGAAAUAUUAGCAAAUUUUGUCAGAAUACGAUGAACGUAAAAUAUUUGGCCGCGCUUUGUCUAUGAAUUUCUUUAUAGUGUGCUAAUUUGAUAAAUCAUAUUUUUGUGUACACUGAAAGUAAUUAUUUUGUGCACGUAUUUUAAAUAUAUAAAUCGAACCUCGAAAUAUGUUUUAAUGUCAAAAGGCGAGGUGAUGGAAAUCGGAGGCCCUUCUAGUGAUAAAUGUUAUGUUGUUUUCAUAGUUUUUGUUUGGGAAUAUUUAGAGAGCUUUCAGAAAUUUAUUUAGCAUUUAAUGUAGAGCAUAUAUAUAUAAAUAUAUUGUAGAUGUAUACUUCUAAAUGUAAUGCAUAUUGAUUAUAUGUAUAUAUUAAGUGUAGCUACGUUAAAAAUUUUUAACUCAAGAAAUAUGGCGCAAGAUUUCUCGCA